AUGGCACGAACUGAUUAUCAUCUCUGGAAAUUUCCCUUCCUACUACACGCACCUCACAGAUACGCUGAAUUUUGGUGCCCCGAAAAUAUACACUCUCAUCCCCAAGUUGGUGUACCCAUCCCCAAGGAUUCUCCCCGUCAACGCCUGGAUAUCACCAUAGAGCAUUAUGGUGUACGCCAUGCCACUGUCGCUGUCGAUCUCGAUUUCGAUGUCGAAAUGAUGGAAUUCUGCAUUUAUGAGCCAGUGGCGUUGGAAUCAAGUCUUCAGGAUCUUGACGGACUUGUGAGACAUGCAUUCACAGUCUGUAAGGCCUAUCUUCUAGAUCACCCCGGUUUGGCAAGGGUGUAUGCGUUCACGGCAUUUGGUACUAAGUGUAGAGCAUGGUCUUGCUCGAGGGAUGAUGGAUCCCUAGUGCCGCUAUUUGGCUCACCGGACUCAUCUGAUCCGCGUCAUUACGUUGAUAUUCACUCCCUGGAGGCUUCCCGGAUUAAUGAAGUUAUACAUUUGAUGAAGAAUGAAUGUGGAACCCAUGAUAGUGUUGAAGUGUGA